AUGCACGUUCUUUCUACUCUCUUGCCCGCUGUUGGCUUGUUGGCUCAGCUCAGUGCUGCCAAAUACAGUCUCAAAGACGACUACGGCUCCACCGAUUCGUUCUUUGACAAGUUCAACUUCUUCACUGACUCCGACCCAACCAAUGGCUUUGUGAGCUAUGUCGACCGCGACACUGCAUCCAGCGGCGGUCUGAUCAACGCCUCCAGCAGCAACGGCGUCUACAUCGGCGUCGACCACUCGAACACCGCCAGCGAUCCCGGCCGCCAAAGCGUCCGCCUGGAAAGCACAAACACCUACACCCAUGGCCUAGUCAUCCUCGACCUAGCCCACAUGCCCGGUAGCGCCUGCGGCACCUGGCCCGCCUUCUGGAUGCUGGGCUCAGACUGGCCCAAUAACGGCGAGAUCGACAUCAUCGAGGGCGUGAACGGCCAAUCCUCCAACCAGAUGACUCUGCACACCAGCUCCGGCUGCUCAAUCUCCAACUCGGGCUUCACAGGCACCCUGGAAACAGACGACUGCUACGUCGAUGCCUCCGGCCAGACCGCUAACGCUGGCUGCGCUAUCGAUAACGGUAACACGCAGUCGUUUGGCUCGGGCUUUAACGAUGCUGGCGGUGGCGUCUACGCCACUGAGUGGACUGGCUCUGCUAUCAAUGUCUGGCAUUUCCCUUCUUACUCCGUUCCCUCGGAUAUCACCUCUGGAAACCCUGUCCCCUCGAACUGGGGUACACCCGCCGCACGCUUCGCCGGAAGCUGCGACAUCAACUCGCAUUUCAAAGAUCUGCAGAUCGUCUUCGAUAUCACGUUCUGUGGUGACUGGGCUGGUGACUCGUCUGUUUGGGGUCAGGGUAGCUGUGCUGGCAAGGCUGAUACUUGCGACUCUUAUGUCCAAAACAACCCUUCUGCCUUUGAGGAUACUUACUGGAGUGUCAAGUCGCUCAAGGUCUAUCAGGAGUCUAGUCAGCUGGAUAUUGAUGUUGGCAUUAACAUUGAUGUCGAUAUUGAUAUUGGUCACGGAGAUGGUCACGGAGGUGGUCACGGAGGUGGUCAUGGAGACAAGUCUAGGUCUUCGAAGCAGUCCACACGUGAUACAGCUCCCUAUGUCCGUCCUGGUCCUCGUCCUUCGACCAAGCACCGUCGUGACCACUACCGUCGUGGCCACGGCCACGGCCAUGUCCACGCCUAG